AUGAAUUUCUUAUUCUACGGAGAUGUGCAUCAUCCUAGGAAACGGGAAUCGUAUCAGUUUAAGACAAUAGCUUCAAGCGAACACUAUAAAGGGCUCCAAAACCUGCCAAGUCUUCCAUCAUCAUCAAACCUUAGACAAGAUCAGAUAUUCAACAAGGUUUCGAAUGAAUUGAAUCAGAUAGUCGCCGACAUCAGUGUAGUUUACUCGAAGCUACAGGAUGAAGUAGAUUCUGAAGGAAUUCAGACUGAAGAGAUUAACACUAAGGUUAAUCAUUCGGUGAGGAAACUUGAGGCUAGUUUUGCUAAACUACUAAAACUCCGAUCCAAGUUCAUUAGGCAAGCAGAAAAAAAGCGUACACGCUUCGACGAUACUUACGGGGAAAUAGACAAGAAGAUACGAAUGAUCAAAGAUGCUAAUGAAGAAUUAUUAGAAUAUGUAAGUCAGAGAAAUAUUGCGGGGAUUGAUAAGGACCAAUUCCCCAGAAUAAUGGGAUUAUUGAAAGAAAGGUUCCCUGAUCUUAAUAUGGAGCCAGAAGAAGAGCCAGAAGAACCAGAAGACGAGCCAGAAGAAGAGCCAGAAGAACCAGAAGAACGAGAAGAAGAGCCAGAAGAAGAGCCAGUUGAAUCCAAAACAGGAAAAACCAGUGUCACAGCAUCAGCUACUCUAUUCCAACAUUCUGCACCAUCUCUUUCUUCUACCCCAUUAACUUUUUCUUCUAUAUGUGUAGCCUCCGAGCCGUCUAUAGCCACGACGUUGGAGAGUAUAUGCAUUACAGAACCAUUUAGCAGACCCCAAAACACUGUAUCUACUACAUCCACUUCCGCUCCAACGUCAGCAGGGGUGGGGGCAGCAGCUCACACUCAAACAAGUCUUCCGUGA